CUCUUCUGCUCUGUCAGCCUCUGCUGCUCAUUUCCUUUCAUUGUUCCUCUUCAUUCAGCUUUUUCUUCUAAACGUGUUGCAAUAUUUCAUGACUAAAAACUUCUGUGACACAGAACUGUUGCAAGACCCAAUUUAAAGUUCUCACUGAACCAGUUUUUAAAAAUGACCUCAAACAAACCAGCACUCUGGUCAGACUGUGCUGCAUCAGAAAGGAAACGUGUGAUUUGUUUUGGUUUAAUUAGGAAUAAAUUGCCUAAUUUUACCCGUACAAAGUAUUUGAACAUCUCAACAGGUGAGAUCUGAAGUUUUAAGCUCUACUUCAGGUGUGAGGCUUUUCAUUGCUCAGUCUCUGAGGGAGUCUCACGCCCACAUUCAACACAGUGUCAGAUAAAGGACUCUGCCACUUGAUCCUUAAAGGGGAUAAAGCAUGAAAAGAGAAGGAGGAAAACUGAUGGGAAAUUGAAGAGAAAGUGAGCAUCUGUAUUAAUCAGUGAGCUGUGGAGGCGUUGGGAUUACAUGCACUCCAGUGUCUGAUUAAAACAAAGCAACCACCAAGCAGCCACUGCUGGGUGUUUAGUGUUUCCUGGAGUCCCACAGGGGAUCAUCCCGGGCCCUUUUUAAUUCCUAUUGACUUAACUUCCCUCAGUAGGAAACUGAUUGCAGAUUUGGCCACAACUUUCGUCAUCAUGCAAUCAAGAUACUUCCUUAUUUCCUGAUGAGGCCUGAGUUUUAAUAGCAAUAUUAAAAAUAAGUGUAAUUUCUAUUUGUCUUGAAGAUUCUAUGUGAAAGUUGUCCAUUUACCAUGGUAACUAUCUGAGGGUGUUUUGCAUCCCAACUUUAAUAAACAUUUUUUAAAGAAUCUUUAAUAAAAUUUAAAUUAAGACAAGUUUCCAUUCUUCUAUUGUUGCACAAACAAAAGUAAAACAGCAGGCGGUGCUGCUGUCCCAGUCAGCAGCUAUUAAACAGUGGCAGAAGAAGAAGGUUUAACUGCAUAGCAGAAACAGAAGAAAUCAUUAGCAGCUUUAAAUAUGACCAGAAACAUUAAUAACAUGUUUAUCCAUGCUACCACCAAGCUAGCUGUACAACUUCAGCUAGCUGGGCUGAAGUUAGGAGCUAGGCUUUAGAAAGAUCACGACUGAAAACGAUGGCACCAGGCAAUCGUUUGCAGUUUAAACCAGUUUGGGUCUGGAACUGGUAGGUUCUGUCGGGAUUCUGGUGCAAAUGCAGCACAGAUGCUGCUAGUCAGUCACCAGAACUGGUUAAGAUUGCUUUUAACCCCUUUUUGCUACCACCAUCUCCUCAUAGAGGAGCAUUAUUUUUCUUCUUUUCAGACACACAGAACUUUCUGCUCACUGGUUGAUCUUUGGCUGCUCCUGAUUGGACGUUACCGUCAAUCUAAGCUCUCUGAUUGGUGGAAAGUCUGACAGAAAGUGGCUUCGUCAUCAUUUCCGGGGUAAAAUAGAAGUCUCUUAGCAACAUAGUGAUCUUUUGUUAUUCAGAAAAUGUGAUAAAGAUUUAUGUUGUUGUUGAACUAAAACAAGUUUGACAUCCCUGGAUUACAGAAAUCUCAUUGGUUCUUGGGCAGAAGUGUAAUAUGUGUGAUAAAUGUUUUGUACUUGCAGAUUUGUAGAUUUAAAUUAUACCUAUAUAUAAAAACUUGUUACAGUUACAAAUAUCAAGUUACGAAUUAUGUAACUCAUGUCUGCUUUCUUCUUAGCUCCAUAGUUAGAACUAAACUAGAAAAAAAAACAGAAGCUAAAAACAACUAACAAUAAAUCAUCUUCCCCUUGGAAUGCUUUCAGAUUUUGCAGGAUUAGAAACACACCUCACACACGGCUGCUGUUAAAUAACACCACACUGGAAGUGUGUUUAGUGUCACGUCAGGUGACAACAAUAAACCUGUAAUAAAAUCUUGUAAACUGAGCAGAAAUUUUCUUCACUUCCAGUUUGUAAUCCCCCAGGGAACACACACACUAACACACACACACACACACAGGAAAUGAGUAUCGGACCAUUAAAAAGCUCUAAAACUGAUGACAGGAGUUAUUUAAUUGUUUGACAGUUAAUUUCCUUUGUCUGUAAGUGACAGUAAACACCAGGAAAGCACUAACCUGUUUGUGUGAGUGCAUCUGGGGUUUUUUUCUUGUCCUAUAUUCUUGUGGUGGGGGCGGAGGGUUAAUCUGUAUAAAGGGCCGGGCCACAGAGACGCCUUCACACCAGCACCUGCUGACAGCUGAAAACUCCUCUGAACGGAUUAUCAUCCUCAUCUGCCAGAACCAUGAAGAUCAACGCCGCCACACUCGCCUCCCUCCUCCGUCCGGUCGCCGCCGUGGUUGCCGUCCUGCUUCUGAUUGGCUGGGCCGAGCAGGUGGCGGCGCACCCGCUUCACCAGCAUCUCAGCCCGCCGCUACGAGACCCACAGACACAUGAGGUUGUCCGGAUUGUGUCGCAGCAAGCUCAGAAAAUGCAACCAGAGGACGACACCAGCUCCAGACUGAUACCACGAGUCAGCACUAAUCAGGACCACCUGAAGAUCUGCUGCCUGCACGCCAACAUCCUCGACUUCUAUCUGCACAACAUCCUGAAUCAUUAUGACAAAGAGCAGCCCAGCGUGCACCAGCUGAAGACCGACCUCCACCGCGUCAGCGAGGAUCUGCAGACUCACGGCUGUAACGUGACUCACUACCAUGACCAUCAUCAUGCCGUGGAGUUCCGCAAGAAGCUGGAAAAGCUGGAAGGCGAGAAAGGCAUAAACAAAGCGAUGGGAGAGAUCGACAUCCUGUUCACAUACCUGCACGAUUACUGCGUAGAGCCCCGACGUGCCGCCGCCGACCACUAAAGCUUUCAACCAAAACGCCUUCUUAUUAUACAUCAUAUUUAAACAUUUAGAACCAAAACUUUUGUACUUUAUUUAUUGAUUUAUUUAAAAUAAGAACAUAUUUAUGUUGUUUUUUUUAAAAACUUGUAUGUAAAAUAUUUAUACUAACUAAUAGGUUUAUUGAUCAGAGGGUUUUAAACAACUCUGGUGUUGCUCAUGUUGCCAUUUUAUGGCUCAUUAUGAAAAUAACAGUAUUUAAAUGUUUGUUACACUCAAACGUGGACAUUCAUGAAUGAAAUGUAAGA